AUGUCCUCCGUCCUUGCCGUCGCGGCAAAUCAUAUCGGAUUACACAAUCCGCGCUACCACAUCAUCGCAUCCCAGUACAAGGGAUCGACGUUAAAAUCAAUUCGACGACUUCUUGCAGCCGACUGGCAAACAACUUCCAAGUCGGAACUCCUCAGCACCCUUCUAAUGCUUUGCUAUGCUGAAAUCUCGGACCAGUGUCGACCGGAGUGGUUGGUACAUAUGCACGGUGCGAACGCAAUUGCACGCCAGCCACCAGUCGUCCAAGCUACAGAUUCCGACGCGAUUUUGUCAGGCUUCAUUGCACCGUAUUUUGCUGCUCAUAACAUCCUAGCUUACACGGCGGUAGCGGAUCCUGCGUUAGAGCCGCGUCUCGUGGACGGUGGACGGCACUGGUUGAGCAGGAUCAAACGAUCGCACUGGGAAAUAGACAGCAGCAUUGGCUGUUCCGCAGAGCUUCUAUCCAUCAUCCUUGAUAUCACGGUCCGGAUCCGCCAUCUCAAGCGAAACCCUGAUCUGUCCACACGCACUCAGGCUCGAGUAUGGAAGAAUAAAACGGAGCGGCUGCUUCGAAACCUGAGGCAGGAGCUUCCAGGGAACGUGAUAUGCGACCGACCAUCAUCCAGCUAUCCCGACGUCUCAACCGUGAAGAUAGGCGCGGAAGCGUUCCGACAGGGAGCAGUACUCUUCCUUCAAUAUCUUGAAGAGGACAGCUUCCACGAAGCCAAAAUACAACAUUGUGUAGACACCAUUCUUGCACUGAUGAAACAAUGCCCUGUCAAGGAGCACGGGGGACGCUCCAGCGUCUUUUGGCCCUUCUUCCUCGCUGGCUGCCACUCAACCAAAGAAGGGGAUCGGGCCUAUGUGCUGGAUCGUUUCCGGCUCUUGGAGCGUCCGAAGAGGUACGGGAACACGCGGCCCGCCAGAAAGGUUAUAGAACACGUGUGGAAGCAGAGGGACCUAGGAGCAGAUGAACCAUGCCAACAAAAGUGCGGCUCGAGAUGCUUUGAGUGGGAAGAUGCCAUGGUGCAGCUGGGUUCAACUAUCAGCCUGACUUGA